CGCCAGUCAGUCGACACACACGAUAGAUACCACCACCAAACACUCUACCUACGGCGUUAUCUUGUUCCGUUUCUUCUUCAUUGUCUGCGGGCGGCCUUCCUCGCGUUUCCUCUUUUUCGGCUCUGCGUAUGCGUCCCGAACGCGAUCCACAUACCGGGACAGCUCGUCAGUCCCCGACGGACGCGACGGCUUCAUCGCCAUACGCAGCGGAAAUGAUGGCGAUGGCGCGGCCGAGUCGCCACCGGUAGCGGUGGGCGGAUCUCUCUCCAGCACAGCAGCCCUGACCAUCCACCAUACCAUGUGUGAGCAUGCCAUUGGAUGGGUGUAGCUGUGGCAUCGUAUCCUUCACACCUGUGCUGCUGUGAUUUGCUCUUCAGUUUCUCCAGCUUGGCCUUGGCGGCCAGGGCAGGGGGCCUGUUGACCACCUCUCCGAACGCCACCUUGUCCUUCUGAUAGAGCGCCUUGACCUUGGCGGCUUGACCGCCACCGCCGUAGAUGUCGGCUGCCUUGCUCUGCAGCCUGGCCAUGUGCAUGGCCUGACCCCCGCUGCUCUCCGCCUCGGCAUCUAUCCACCGAGUGGUUGUGUCUUCGAAGGAUGACUCUUCUGCAGGCUUUUCAUCGUCGUCAUCGUCAUCGUUAUCUUCUGUCCGUUUCUUCUUGGCCCUGUCGGCGGCCUUGAGCUUGAGGAGCCGCUGCCUCUGCUUCUCCUUCUUCAUGGCGUUGGCGUGCACGGCCGGCAUGGCACGGAGGGCGGUCCUGAUGAAGUAAGUGCAAGCAAAACGAGGGAGGACACGAUGGAUGCAGGAACGGACAAGCACCCCGAUGGAUGUUGUGACGCUUGCCCACUUGGUGUGCUCGUCGAUGCGCUUGGUGAAGUCGGUGAGGGACUCGUCCGCUCGCAAGCCCUCCGGUGGUUGAUGAUUUGCACUCUUCUUCGUUGUUUUUGGCACCUUCUUCUCCUUGCUGACAUUCUGAGGGAGGCCACGAAAUAGAUAGAUUCAGUCAUCACUUCUUCCAGCCGCACACACGGCUCCUUUUCCCGCGCGUGGCCACCGCUGACCUGUUUGAUGACUGGCAGCAUGCGUCUGUUGCUCGAGCUCUUGUGCUUGUGAUUCGGACGGCCCUGUGCCACCUGUGAUGGUUGCGAUGGAGGCUGGAUGCCAAACACCCUGGCGAUGAGUGAGUCAUCGUUCCGCUUCGGGGGCUUGUUGUAGGUCUUGAGCUCCUCAGUUGCCGCCCGUCCGAUGCUCUCAGCGUCCACGUUAUGCUUCUUCCACUUGGCUAGCCUUCCCAUGGCCUCUUCCGCUCCUAGUUCCGCUCGCUUCUUCAAUCUGCCGUAGAUCAAGAGGUUCAAUGGAUCUUCCGGUCCCUUACGAAAAAG